AAGGUUUUGGACAACUUGCAAGUCCAAUUUUUUUUCCAAUGAUGGUUAUCCCUUAGUUAAGGGGCUAUUUUAUACAAGUUGUAGAGCCAACAGAAGAAGAAAAAUGGAUGAAACAAGCAGAUGGGGCCAGAUCAUUGAAAUUGAAGAGGAUGUGAGUUCCACGUUCAAGAUGAGGAAAUAAAUUCUUGAGAAACUACAGGAAGCAGGGGCCAACCCGAAAUUCAGCUGAGAAGACUACGCCAAAAAUACAAAAGGUUCCGGCCUUGCUGCGUGGACACAAAAAUUUCAAAAAGUACUUUGAGCCAAUAGUGGUAUCACUCGGUCCUAUCCAUCAUGGGAAGAAGGAAUACCAGGCAGCAGAGGACUUCAAGCUUGGAAUGGCAAGCAAAUUCGUCGAGGAAAGUGGUAGGUCGGGUGAAUUUUUGCUCGGGAAAAUUGCGAAGAACAUCAAGCAACUGAAGCAGUACUCCAAUGAAAAGGUGGUCGAGCAGCAGAAGGACAACCGCAUUGAUUGUCAAGAAUAUUAUUGCUCAAAUGGUGGUUUACUUUCGAGUAAGGAUGAUUAUUUGCUUUGCUUUGGUGAUCCACAAAGAAUACCAAGUGAACAUGGAAGCACGUGUGUAGAAGUGGAAAGAAGCAACUCCGGUUUCAUCAUAUUUGCCAAAACUUGUCAGCUCCAUUCAACAUAUAUAGUAUUUCCAAGUUUAGCAUUUUUAGCCCAAGUGGUUUGCCAGCCCUUGUUGCUACUAUUUCUUUGGAAUCUCAGGAGAAAUGAGGAUUCUUAAACUUGGGGCAUCAAACUUCUAGAUUAGGUGGAGAAGGACUGUGAUGAUCCAAAGGUAGAUUUGGAGUUAGAGCUUCGACUUGUUUGACAUGGACGAAUGACAUAUACGUGUAAAAGGGCUAAAUCUUAAGACCACCACACUACUGCCACUGUCAUCCAUCUCUCUCUCUCUCUCUCUCUCUCUCUCUCUCUGUGUGGUUAUUUAUAAGGUUGAACAAUUUGGAUCUAGCUGUCAAUUUUCCAAAAGUUGGGGGAAUCUUCAUGCUAUUAAUUAGCUUAUAAGCUUUUCACUUUGUUUGUUUGCUUAUAGCCAUUAGUUUGUUACUUGCAUGAUGAAUUCAAGUGUUGUGCUGCCCUGAAAAUUUUCUUCUAUAGCCAUACUACAGCAAGUUUCUGCUAAAACACUUGCUGAAAAACCAGAAAAUACCACUUACCUCAUUUAAAAACUCCCAACGAGUUGGAGAGCAACAUAUACAGAACAACGAAAUAUUGAAACAGACUUAUUUGCAUCUUAAAUUUUCUAAAUCAGCUCUUUCUAAAAUCAACCACCCCAUACAUCAUGAAGAGGAUUAGACCUAUCCAAACACAGCGCUGAAUUCCCUUCAGCACCUUCUAUAGCUGAAAAAUCUGCAAUCUGAUUAGUUUCAAUAUAUCCGAAGAUCUUGGUGGGUUAAACUUGACACCAUGCCCAUCUAUACCAAGAAAUUAGAUUAGCCUUUACAGGUGUAUCUUCCCCCCUUCGAGGACAAUAAGGUAUAGCAUUAAUCUGAGAUGCCAAAUCUGAUCCUCAAUGGUCCUGUAAUUUAACCAAAUUCCGCUCAGAUGAAGGCAUGACCUCUCAAGUUUCAAACCUUCUUGCCAACCACAUCAACUUUUUGAGCCAUCAAUAUUUGAUGGCUGCUUCUUUGAAGGAUUCAGGUGUUUGGAUCUGAAAAGGACAGGCCAUAACAAGCGCCGAGCUCCCAUAUAUAAAAUUUCAUGCUGACUUCAUGUGUAAUGCUCUCUUUUCCCUCACACCCAAUCCUCUCUCAUCGAUAGGCUGACAUACUUUUUCCCAAGCAACCCAUUUUUUCUUUACUUCACCUUCUCUAUCUCCCCAAAGAGAAAAAGUCAGAGAAGAGCAGGGUAAUUAACCUCAAAACUGAUUUGGGCACAUUCACAACAGAGAGCAAAUGAAUUGGCAUGCUUGAUAAAACAUGCUUAAUCAAGACUAAUUUUCCCCCAUUGUUCCUUUUAAUGAGAAUAGGUACACCAAGAUAUGUAAAAGGAAACAAAUUAUCCCUAAAAUGCCAGUUUCAUCCAGCAUAAUAUGUUUCCUAGAAACAAGAGCAUUUUUUCCUUCCACUUACUAAAUACUUCAGAUAAACCCUUGAAGGAUUUAUUGGAUUGAUUAAGGAAGAUAACAAUGCCGUCAGUGUAUAAAAGAAAACCAAAGGCCAAACAUAUACAUAAAAAUCUCCAUUCAAGUCUACCAUAAGUUUUUCCAUAUUAAACGUUAUGUUGGGCCCUAAGAAUUAUCCACGUGGGCUGCUCUCUGUCAUGGGCACAUGAACAUUUAAGCGACGUGCACCAGAGCUAUACGAGUAAAUUAUGAAGGAGAGGUAUAAACGCAGCUCAUACUUUGGAUAGGCACACGGACAAUGGAAGAAAGUAGUUUCUUGUAUCAUACUUAGGAUAGACAAAUAAUGGAUGUUGUUCCAAUUUAGCAGGAUCUUAUGAUAAAUGCAACUUUGGAUACAGUCGCUAAGCUACAAAGUGCCCUGAUUGUAUUUGUCUCUACAAUCCCCACUCAUUGAAAGCAAAACCUGUUUUGACACAAAUUCCAUGAUAGUUGGAUUUUGGAUCGUACAUGAUUUUUCUGUAUUUGCCUUCUUGUAGUUUAAGGAGUGGAGCUUGUGAAAGGGUGGGGGAACGCUGCAGAAAGUGUUUAGGAUAAUGUUAGGAUGCUUUCUGAGGUACUCCAAGCAAUGUUAUGAAAAUACUAUGAUGUCGAUUAGAAAAUGUGAUACCCGAAAGAAAAUUUAGAUCAAAAGAAUUUCUAAAAUUUAGAAAAGUCGAUUUACCUCAAUUAAUUUGAAGCUAGCCGGCAAUCAUGCUACAAGUGGAGAAUCUUUUAAUCUAUAGCUGGAAUUCAAGUGUUGUGCUGCCCUGAAAUUUUCAUGUACAGCUUUAUUACAUCAAAUAUCUGCUAAAAACACUUGCAUAUUGCAUCUUUAUGCCCUGUUUUAGCCCCCCAUAAACUUCGUUUCUGAUAGACAUUGUUUCUCAUCUUUUUAGACUCAAUAUAGGCUUUGCCAAUUAAAUUUAGGUGGUGAUUUGGUUACUAUUUGAUGUUAAGAUUCCCUUAAUAAUCUACUCAGGUUGCAUGCGUAUUGGCAGUCUUGCCCAUGCAUGUUUGAUGCGAAUCAGAAGAAUAUUGCUCAAAGUGUACCUACGCUCCUUAGACACAUUUGGAAGAAUGUUCUUUUCCUUCCAUUGGAACUAUACUAAUACAAUCUGGAAGAAUGUUUCAAGAUGACA